GUUCCGGAAGCGGAACGGGUAAAGGCGGAAGUGAGGGCCGGGGCCUGCGAGACGCACCCGCGGCAGGGAGCGGCCCUGCGGGCGUUGCAACCUGCCUCCAGGUGGAUCCGGUGCAGAAUCUCCAGCAUCCUCAUCUCUUGGCACUCCUGCACUUAGGCCACAAUGGCAGGUCGAGGUGGAGCCGCCCGACCGAAUGGACCGGCGGCCGGGAACAAAAUCUGCCAGUUCAAACUCGUCCUCCUGGGGGAGUCGGCGGUGGGGAAAUCCAGCCUCGUUCUGCGCUUCGUGAAGGGGCAGUUCCACGAGUACCAGGAGAGCACGAUUGGAGCUGCCUUCCUAACGCAGACGGUCUGUCUGGAUGACACAACGGUGAAGUUUGAGAUAUGGGACACGGCGGGGCAGGAGCGGUAUCACAGCCUGGCCCCCAUGUACUACCGAGGUGCCCAGGCCGCCAUCGUUGUCUACGACAUCACCAACACAGACACAUUUGUACGAGCCAAGAACUGGGUGAAAGAGUUGCAGAGGCAGGCUAGCCCCAAUAUUGUAAUUGCACUAGCAGGAAACAAGGCAGACCUUGCUACCAAGAGGGCUGUGGACUUCCAGGAUGCACAAACAUAUGCAGAUGACAACAGCUUGCUGUUCAUGGAGACGUCAGCAAAGACAGCGAUGAAUGUGAAUGAAAUCUUCAUGGCAAUAGCCAAGAAACUGCCAAAAAAUGAACCCCAGAACGCUCCAGGCGGUCCGGGCAGGAAUCGGGUGGUCGACCUUCAGGAGAGCAGCCAGCCCAGCAGGAGCCAGUGCUGCAGCAAUUGAGCAGCUGAGCGCAGCGGGCAGAGCCCCGAAGGACGUGACUGGAACCCACGCUAACAAUCGCACUUACCGUAGAGCGGCUGCCAGUGGCUGCUGUGAUUUCUCCAUCCCUUUCUGAUCAUAGGCUGGAGGGAGUUCUUCCACCCGCACCUUUCUGUACAAAUACUAAUUCAAUUCUAAGUCUUAAGUCACUUUUUUAAUAUACGAACUUCUGCUCUUCCCUCUUCCUGCUGGUGGUGGAUGCGUGACCUGGUGUCUGCCCUGCCAGCUCUUCCUUUCACGGGUGAGCGCCAGCAGCACCCAGGUCCCACAGUACUGUAGUUCACUAUUGGAAACAAAGGGAUAUUGAGACUAGAGAACCUGGUGUAGAGUUACCCACGAGUAGAAGCUAGGGCGAUGCCAGUACGAUGUGCCCAGAACAACCACUGAGGUGUAGCAUUAUGGGGACAAGCUCUGGCUCUUCAGCCUCCUAUUGACCAAAUCAAUUAUGAGUAUUUUGGGGUGGGGCAGAGGGAAGAAGAACUGAUUUCUUCUGUAUUUUGUAUUGUAUGUUUCUUCAUGUAACCAAUCAGUAUCUUGUCAAUAUAGUACAUACAACUAGCUGCCUAUUGUCUUUAUUUGUGUUGGACUCUAGCAUGCCAACUUCUUUUCUAUCUCUGGUUCUGUCGUCAUGCACUAAUCCUGUUGCAACUUUUGCAAAAAAAAAAAAAAAAAAAAGAAAAGAAAUCUUGUAUAGAAAAUUGUCUUUUUUUGAUGGUUGUGAUGCCACUAAUGUUAACCCUACUCUGGUGUGAAUGCACACGGUUUGCUGAUGUACAGAAGUGGGGCAGGGGGAACCUCGGAUAACCUGUCAGUGAAAACUGUGUAUUGCAAGAGCCUGUAAUUCCCCACGGUGUGAAGGGAGGUAUUAAAAUGGCUUCUCUUGCCAGACUCUAACUGAUGUUGGCUGCUGCCUAGUGCCUAAUGCAGUGUCUUAUGCAUACUGGUAUUUAAGAGGAACUGUCAAGCUAAUCUUCAUCACAAACUUCCGUUUUGUGUGAUUAAAAGAAAAUUUUUAUAAACCUA